GUCCACUUACAAACCCACAAUUCCUCGACCUCAAAGCUCAAACCACACCCUCCUUCCCUCCCACCUCUUUUUCUUUUUUGCCAUUUAUUCAAAAUUUGUUUCUCUUUCUCUGUUGGGGUUGAUUUUGGGUUAUUUAAGUUUUUCUUAUUCCUUUUUCUUUUCCUCUUCUUCAUUGUGUUUUAAGUCCUCGAAAUUGGUGUUUUCUUGAUAAAGACCAGUGGACUCUGUUCAUGCUCUUCUUCAACCUGUGUGCUUUGAGGAAGAAGCAGGGCACUAACUGAUGAAGGAGAGAGGAGGCUCUCUUGGAGGAGAGAGCCUGCCUGGUAAAAAGACUAACAGUAACACCAACACCGCCAUAGAAGAAGACCAAGACGACCCUAAAACCUCAUUUUGCUAACUUCCCAUUUUUCCUUAAGCAAAUUAAUCCAGUUUUUGAAGCUCUCUUUUUAGUGGGUUUUGAAUCUCUUGAGCCUUUAAAUUUAGUGUUUGCCUCUUUGUUUGAGUUCGCUGCUAAAGGUCUAUGGCGCUAGUUAUCCACAAAGAUACAUCAAACAAACAAAUGGAUUCAAGCAAAUACGUACGUUAUACACCCGAGCAAGUUGAGGCAUUAGAGAGAGUUUAUGCAGAAUGUCCAAAGCCUAGUUCUCUCAGAAGGCAGCAGCUCAUUAGAGAGUGCCCAAUCCUUUCUAACAUUGAGCCUAAACAGAUCAAAGUUUGGUUUCAAAAUCGCAGAUGCCGUGAGAAGCAGCGGAAGGAAUCAUCUCGCCUCCAGAGCGUAAACAGAAAGUUGUCUGCGAUGAACAAAUUGUUAAUGGAGGAGAAUGACCGUUUACAGAAGCAGGUGUCCCAUUUGGUCUACGAGAAUGGCUUUAUGCGUCAGCAACUGCAUAGUGCAUCUGGGACGACUACAGACAAUAGCUGUGAGUCUGUAGUCAUGAGCGGUCAGCCUCAACAACAGCAAAACCCAAAUCCUCAGCAUCCUAAUAGGGAUGUUAACAACCCAGCUGGUCUUCUCGCGGUAGCUGAGGAGACCCUGGCAGAGUUCCUUUCCAAGGCUACAGGAACUGCUGUCGACUGGGUCCAGAUGAUUGGGAUGAAGCCUGGUCCGGAUUCUAUUGGAAUCGUUGCUGUUUCCCGCAAUUGCAGUGGGGUAGCAGCACGAGCCUGUGGUCUUGUUAGUCUAGAGCCGACAAAGGUUGCAGAAAUUCUCAAAGAUCGCCUUUCAUGGUAUCGUGACUGCCGCUGUCUUAAUGUUUUAAGUGUAAUUCCUACAGGAAAUGGAGGAACAAUAGAGCUCAUAUAUAUGCAGACUUAUGCUCCAACGACAUUAGCAGCAGCACGUGACUUCUGGACGAUGAGAUAUACAACAAGUUUAGAAGAUGGCAGUCUAGUGGUUUGUGAGAGGUCAUUAUCUUCUUCAAGUGGUGGCCCUGCAGGGCCUCCGCCAUCUACUUUUGUAAGAGCUGAGAUGCUUCCUAGUGGCUAUUUAAUACGAGCAUGCGAGGGGGGUGGAUCAAUUAUUCACAUUGUUGAUCACAUUGAUUUGGAUGUUUGGAGUGUCCCUGAAGUUCUUAGGCCACUUUAUGAGUCAUCCAAGAUUCUUGCUCAGAAAAUAACAAUUGCUGCAUUGCGUCAUAUUAGACAAAUUGCUCAAGAGACUAAUGGAGAAAUUCAAUGUACUGGCGGACGUCAACCAGCUGUACUACGGACGUUUAGUCAAAAACUCUGCAGGGGUUUCAAUGACGCUGUCAAUGGGUUUGCUGAUGAUGGUUGGUCACCUAUGGGAAGUGAUGGUGUGGAGGAUGUGACAAUUCUCAUAAACACAUCAGCAAACAAGUUUUCUGGAUCCCAGUAUAACACUUCUUUGUAUCCCUCUUUUGGUGGAGGAGUUAUGUGUGCAAAAGCGUCAAUGUUACUUCAGAAUGUUCCCCCUGCUUUGCUUGUUCGAUUCCUGAGAGAGCAUCGGUCUGAGUGGGCUGAUUAUGGAGUUGAUGCCUACUCUGCUGCAAGUUUAAAAGCCAGUCCGUAUGCUGUUCCAUGUGCAAGGCCUGGUGGCUUCCCUAGCAGCCAGGUUAUUUUGCCUCUUGCUACUACUGUGGAGCAUGAGGAGUUUUUGGAGGUGGUUCGACUGGAGGGUCUUGCAUUCUCUCCCGAAGAUGUUGCUUUGGCUGGACGAGAUAUGUACUUGUUGCAGCUCUGCAGUGGGGUCGAUGAGAAUGCUGUUGGAGCUUGCGCUCAGCUUGUGUUUGCACCCAUAGAUGAAUCUUUUGCUGAUGAUGCUCCACUACUUCCUUCAGGGUUCCGUGUCAUACCGCUGGAUCCGAAAACGGAUGAACCUACUGCUGCUAGAACAUUGGAUUUAGCAUCUACACUUGAAGUUGGUGCCAAUGCUGCACGUUCUGCUGGUGAAACUGAUUUGAGCAGCUACAACCUUCGUUCAGUCCUGACUAUUGCUUUCCAGUUCACCUUUGAGAAUCACUUACAGGAAAAUGUGGCUGCUAUGGCUCGACAAUAUGUUCGUAGUGUUGUGGGGUCUGUCCAGAGGGUUGCCAUGGCCAUUUCCCCAUCGCGGUUGAGUUCCAAUAUGGGACUAAAGCCUCUUCCUGGUUCUCCUGAAGCUCUCACUUUGGCUCGAUGGAUUUGCCGAAGCUACAGGAUCCAUGUUGGAGCUGAGCUUCUUCAAGCUGAUUCCCAGUCUGGGGAUGCCAUGUUGAAGCAGCUCUGGCACCACUCUGAUGCAAUCAUGUGUUGCUCCGUUAAAACCAACGCAUCUGCUGUGUUCACCUUUGCUAACCAGGCUGGUCUGGAUAUGCUUGAAACCACACUUGUUGGCCUACAAGAUAUAAUGCUAGACAAAAUUCUCGAUGAGGCGGGUCGGAAGAUUCUCUGCUCUGAGUUCCCCAAAAUAAUGCAGCAGGGGUUUGCAAAUCUUCCCUCUGGCAUCUGUGUAUCCAGUAUGGGUCGUCCCAUUUCUUAUGAGCAAGCCGUUGCCUGGAAGGUUUUAAAUGAUGAUGAUUCCAAUCACUGUCUCGCAUUCAUGUUCAUAAACUGGUCCUUUGUUUGAUGCGGAGAAGAAGCAUGACUCUGGUUAACUCUAUCAACUAGUGGGAUUGUAAUUUCAACCUAGACAUGAUAUCUUUCUUUUACUGCAAAACUUGACUUCUUUUGCUGUUCUUCCUUUGUGGUUGGAAAAACAAAUGUGCUUAGCUUAGGUCGCUGUUUGGACCCUUUGUUUCCAACCUAGACAAAGUGACUUGAUGUCGUUAAUUCCAUGAACACUAUUAUACUAUCUGAAGUUAUCUUUCUGCUUAA